AUGUGCUGUUGCAUUCCUUGCUGGCCGUUUGCCGACGUCGAUUUCGAGCGCGAACCGGUCAACCGGUACGGCGACAAGUAUCACUAUGCGUUUAACGAGAGCACGAGGGCCUGGGAGCUCCGCGACGUGAGGGUUUCUUUUCAACAAGGCCUCGAGAAGGACGUCCAGCCACUCCCCUUAAAGUCCGCCCUGCGCAAGCGUCCAUCAUUCCAGGAAGAGUCACCUGCCCAGGAAGAACCGACCAGUCCUGAGCACUACCCCGCCUUUCCGCCUGCCGACCCGGGAGUUUCAACGUCCUCUCAACAAGUCUUCACUCAUCACACAGGCCCGGGAGGAAUACAAGCCGACCACAAGGCAGCGCAAUACCAUCCCUCCUUCAUCCCCGCGUCGCCUUAUCAACAACUCCAACCGUGGCAACUCGGCUAUAAUCAGCAAACCGCCCAGUGCCAGACCGUGAUCCCUUACCUCCCAACAACAUACCAAGUCAACAUGUCUCAGUACGCCCUCGCCCCGGCCAAUACUGGCGUCCAUUUCCAACCCCAGGUUGGCGACACCUCCACCGGCCCUGAGCUUCAUUACUAUACCCCGCGCCACGACGGACAGCUUGGUCUCCAAAUGCCUGUCCAGCAGGCCGCUCAGUAUAUGGCUACCGGAAUACCCGUUCCGAUGCAGCAGGUUCCCGGCGCCGCUCCGCCCGGCUAUAUCGUCCAGCAGCCUGUCAUGCCGCAGCCUGCCAUGCAACCGGUCUUGGUCCAGGCCCAGCCUGUCCCCGGCCAGCCCAUGAUGAUGGCUCAGCCCCAGCCUGCGUACGCCCCGGGCGCGACCGUGAUCGUUGCAGGUAAUGCUCCAGUUGCCCCCAUGCCUGCGGUCCCCGGUGCCGUUCAUCCCGAGCCCGCUCUCGGCGUGGGCCUCACUGCCAGUGAGGUUGCCGCAAACAACGAGCAGAUCGCUUAUGAGAACAACAUGGAUGAGGCACAGGAUUUUAAGCCCGCCGACGAUGACCCGUCUCGCAUGUAUCGCUGCCGUGAGGUCGACGGAAACUGGACCCUGCGCAACAGGUUCACGAUUGACAACCUUGGCGACUGCCGCUGGUACAUGACCGACGAUGGCGUCUUCUAUGCCGUCCGCAUGCAGUCCUAA